CUUUGUCCUGUCUUCCCCGCGGGUCAGGGGUGAGAAGUAACACGAUUGCGCUGGCCUUGGUGAGCAACUGCCGCGCAUUCUGCUUCGCGGCGGCUCGAGUUAAAGGAACCCAGGAAAACAGCUAUCAUCUUAUGCCAAGAUGUCAGGAAUUGGAAAUAAAAGAGCAGCAGGAGAGCCAGGCACGUCCAUGCCUCCGGAGAAGAAGACAGCUGUUGAAGAUUCAGGGACCACAGUGGAAACAAUUAAGCUAGGGGGUGUCUCUUCAAUGGAGGAGUUAGACAUUCGAACACUGCAAACCAAAAAUCGCAAGCUGGCAGAAAUGCUGGAUCAACGGCAGGCCAUUGAAGAUGAACUCCGUGAGCACAUUGAAAAACUGGAACGACGACAGGCCACUGAUGAUGCCUCACUAUUGAUUGUCAACCGGUACUGGAGUCAGUUUGAUGAAAACAUCCGUAUCAUCCUUAAACGUUAUGAUCUGGAGCAGAGUUUGGGAGACCUACUAACAGAAAGAAAAGCCCUGGUUGUGCCCGAACCAGAACCAGACUCUGAUAGCAAUCAGGAACGCAAAGAUGACCGAGAGAGAGGGGAAGGGCAAGAGCCAGCUUUCUCUUUCCUUGCUACUUUGGCCAGCAGUUCCAGUGAAGAGAUGGAAUCUCAGCUACAGGAGCGUGUGGAGUCCUCCCGCCGAGGCGUAUCCCAGAUUGUGACUGUCUAUGAUAAAUUGCAAGAAAAAGUGGAGCUGUUAUCCCGGAAGUUAAAUAGUGGAGAUAAUCUGAUAGUGGAGGAAGCAGUGCAGGAGCUGAAUUCCUUCCUCGCGCAAGAGAAUAUGCGGCUUCAGGAAUUGACAGACCUCCUUCAGGAGAAGCAUCGCACCAUGUCUCAGGAGUUCUCCAAGUUGCAGAGUAAAGUGGAGACAGCUGAGUCACGAGUAUCUGUCCUGGAGUCCAUGAUUGAUGACCUGCAGUGGGAUAUUGACAAAAUUCGAAAGAGGGAACAGCGACUUAACCGACACUUAGCAGAAGUCCUAGAACGGGUGAAUUCGAAAGGUUAUAAGGUGUAUGGAGCAGGGAGCAGUCUCUAUGGCGGCACAAUCACUAUCAAUGCCCGGAAGUUUGAGGAAAUGAAUGCAGAGCUUGAGGAGAACAAAGAGUUGGCUCAGAAUCGUCUCUGUGAGCUAGAGAAACUUCGGCAGGACUUUGAGGAAGUCACUACACAAAAUGAAAAGCUGAAGGUGGAAUUGCGGAGUGCAGUGGAGGAAGUGGUUAAGGAAACUCCAGAAUAUCGCUGCAUGCAAUCACAGUUCUCCGUCCUGUACAAUGAGAGCCUACAGUUGAAAGCACACUUGGACGAGGCUCGGACUCUGCUUCAUGGCACCAGGGGAACCCAUCAGCGCCAGGUUGAACUCAUUGAGCGAGAUGAGGUUAGUCUUCAUAAGAAGCUGAGGACUGAAGUGAUCCAGCUAGAAGAUACACUGGCCCAGGUCCGCAAGGAGUAUGAGAUGCUGAGGAUAGAAUUUGAGCAGACCCUUGCUGCCAACGAACAAGCAGGCCCUAUAAACCGGGAGAUGCGUCACCUCAUCAGUAGCCUCCAGAAUCACAAUCACCAGCUGAAAGGGGAGGUCCUCAGGUAUAAGCGGAAACUGAGAGAAGCCCAGUCUGACCUGAACAAGACACGUCUGCGUAGUGGCAGUGCCCUCCUGCAGUCUCAGUCUAGUACAGAGGACACUAAGGAUGAGCCUGCAGAACUAAAACAAGAUUCUGAGGACUUAUCCACCCAAUCCUCAGCAUCAAAGGCAUCUCAGGAGGAUGCCAAUGAAAUUAAGUCCAAACGGGAUGAAGAAGAGCGAGAGCGAGAAAGGAGGGAGAAAGAGAGGGAGCGAGAAAGAGAACGGGAGAAGGAAAAGGAGAGAGAACGAGAGAAGCAGAAACUAAAAGAGUCAGAAAAAGAGAGAGAUUCUGCUAAGGAUAAAGAGAAAGGCAAACAUGAUGAUGGAAGGAAAAAGGAAGCAGAAAUUAUCAAACAAUUAAAAAUUGAACUCAAGAAAGCACAAGAAAGCCAAAAGGAGAUGAAACUGUUGCUAGAUAUGUACCGCUCUGCCCCAAAGGAACAGAGAGACAAAGUUCAGCUGAUGGCAGCUGAGAAGAAGUCUAAGGCAGAGUUGGAAGAUCUAAGGCAAAGACUCAAGGAUCUAGAGGAUAAGGAGAAGAAAGAGAACAAGAAAAUGGCCGAUGAAGAUGCCUUGAGGAAGAUCCGAGCAGUAGAGGAGCAGAUAGAAUACCUGCAGAAGAAGCUGGCCAUGGCCAAGCAGGAGGAAGAAGCACUUCUAUCUGAGAUGGAUGUCACAGGCCAGGCCUUUGAAGACAUGCAGGAGCAAAAUAUUCGUUUGAUGCAGCAGUUGCGGGAGAAGGAUGAUGCAAAUUUCAAGCUCAUGUCAGAGCGGAUCAAGUCCAAUCAGAUCCAUAAGUUGCUUAAAGAAGAGAAGGAGGAGUUAGCAGACCAGGUUUUGACUCUGAAGACUCAGGUCGAUGCCCAGUUACAGGUAGUAAGGAAACUGGAAGAGAAGGAGCAUCUGUUACAGAGCAACAUUGGCACAGGGGAGAAGGAGUUGGGUCUUAGGACCCAAGCCUUAGAGAUGAAUAAACGCAAGGCAAUGGAGGCAGCCCAGCUUGCAGAUGACCUCAAAACACAGUUGGAAUUGGCCCAGAAGAAGCUACAUGAUUUUCAAGAUGAGAUCGUGGAGAACAGUGUCACCAAAGAAAAGGAUAUGUUCAAUUUCAAACGAGCCCAGGUUUGGGGAAGUGUGUCUAACAGGUAUGCUAUCCUACCACAGGAGGACAUCUCUAGACUUCGAAGGAAGCUGGAGACCACUAAGAAACCAGACAAUGUACCCAAAUGUGAUGAGAUUCUGAUGGAGGAGAUUAAGGAUUACAAGGCACGCCUGACCUGUCCAUGCUGUAACAUGCGUAAAAAGGAUGCUGUACUUACCAAGUGUUUUCAUGUUUUCUGCUUUGAGUGUGUGAAGACACGCUAUGACACCCGCCAGCGCAAAUGUCCCAAGUGUAAUGCUGCUUUUGGUGCCAAUGAUUUUCAUCGCAUCUACAUUGGUUGACCCAAGUCAAGAGAAGAAGAGGGGCUGGCUAGACAGGCACUUAUUCAUUAACCACCAAGCCUCUACCUCUUCUCUCCUUGACAGUCACCUCCAAGACAGUUUUCCUGUCAACUACCUUUCCUCCACAGACUUCACGUCGAGGCUCUCCUCUCCACUAGGUGGAUGACGUUAGCAAAAGGACUGGUAAAUAAAUGCAAAUCUUGGGUUUUAGAAUGAAUUGGAAACAAACAACUCUUAUUUGUUUUCCCUACCAGGUUUGUUUAUUUCCUGCUUUUCGACUUUUCAACAUUUCCUUUUUCUGGCCCACUCUACCCAUUCCUCCUGAGAAGUCAGAUGGAUGGUAUUUGUGACAAUAGAGAAGGAAACAAAGAGUGGAAACAUGACUAUUUUGAGGGAUUGAUCUUUUAGAAAUAAGCUAGCCAUGAACACAGACUUUUCUUGAUUUGGGUAGUAAACUUUUUAUAAAUUUGGAUUAUAAAAUGGAAUAAUUGUGCCAUUCUUUCCUGGAUGGAUUGAAGCCCUAAUGAAAUUAUGUCCAGGAUGAUUGAAUCCAUUUCCCAUUUACUAGCAAAGUAACUUGUUAAGGUCAGCUGGUUUUCUUGUUAAAGUUAUUUAAGUUUUGAAUGUUCUGCUUAAAGUCUUUAAAUUUGUUGAUUCCAGAAUAAUUGCAAAUAAUGUAGCCCCUUUUGUCUGCUAAUGAAAUCAAGAUUGGAGAGGGUGGGGAACAGGCCUGAGAUGGUAAAGAGGUCUUGUGGGUACUCUGGGAACUUGAUACAGAGAUGCCUUGGUGAGCUAUGAAUUACUCGUAUCCUUCCUUCCACAGGGGUUUUUGUGAUCCCUGUUUCCAGAAGAUUUUCUGUAAUAUUUCUGUAGGACUUUAUAUUCCACAAGCUUCAAUUAAAGCAGGAUUCAGUUUA